AUGAACCGCAUCGGCUUGAUGCAUCCUUCCACGCUGACGGGCAAGCACAACGCAGAGACUAGUGCCCUCUACCAGGCAUUCUCGGACCAUGUGGAUCGACGUCUCAACGCGGCGAACAACACUUUCCGAUUACCUUCGACUGGAGCCAUGGUAGGACAAUUUGCCAUCUUCCUCCACAAUCCGAAGAUUGGAAGGUCCUUCUUGGAGCUCUCUGACGCCCUGCGCGAGCUACCUGGCCUGAACCCACGCACGAGAGAAAUCAUUGCCCUCGUCGUCGCUACCAAUGAGAGAUCUGCCUACCAGACUUACAGUCACGGACGGCUAGCCAUGCAGAGAGGACUCACACAGAACGAGCUGGACUCGCUGUACGCUGGCCUUUAUUCGCACAGCUUCGCCGAAGCAGAUAAGGCUGCGUAUACCGUGGCCCGCGAGCUCUGUGUCUCUUCUGGACCGCUUUCCGAUCGAGUCUGGAACGACGCGGUGACUGUCUUGGGCCGCGAGGGAGCUAUUGCGGUAGUGCACCACACUGCAUUUCACCGCUACGUCGCUACGCUACUGAGAGGAUUCGACUCACAAGUUCCAGCUCCUGGAGAGAGGGUGGAAUCAGAAAACACCAAGACUGAGUGA